GCUCGACUGGCGCCAGGUCUCGGAGCAAAGGAGCGUUGCAGAGUUGAAAGUUGAACCAUGUCUGCGCAGACUGAGGAAACUGCACCGGAAGCAGCGCCAACUGCACCGGCAAGUGCUCCCGGAAAACCGGCGGCCAAGAAGAAGAAGGGACCCAGCAAUAAAGCAAAGCCUGCCUCUGCAAAGAAGAAGAAGCAGCAGAAGAAGGGUAAAGGGCCCGGAAAGUACAGCCAGCUGGUGAUCGAUGCGAUCCAAACCUUGGGCGAGAGAAACGGCUCGUCUCUGUUUAAGAUCUAUAAUGAGGCGAAGAAGGUGAGCUGGUUCGACCAGCAGCACGGCCGCGUGUACCUGCGCUACUCCAUCCGCGCGCUGCUGCAGAACGACACGCUGGUGCAGGUGAAGGGUCUCGGCGCCAACGGCUCCUUCAAACUCAACAAGAAGAAAUUCACCUCCAGCACCAGCAAGAGCUCCGGGAAACCGGGAAAGGCUGCGAAACCGGCGAAGAAGCCCGGCAAGAAAGCAGCGGAGAAGAAGAAGCGCGUCAGCGGCGUGAAGAAGGCGACUCCAGCCCCCGCCAAGAAAAGCACCAAACCGAAGAAGGUCGCUGCCAAGAAGGCGAGCAAGCCCAAGAAAGCUCAGCAGCCGAAAAAGACUGUUAAGAAGGCUUAAAAUGUUUACAGUCUGCAUGCUUUAAGCUGUGUUAAAAGUAUUUCGCUUACUAUAAGCGCCAUGCUGUGGGUAAACGAGGCUUAUUAUAUCCAGAGUUCAUUAUGUUUGUAUGCGCAAGUCAUUUUGGUCUCACUGUUUUAACCGAAUGUAAAUAAUUUGUACAAAUAAGCAUUUUUCUUACGUUUGCUCUUGGGUUUCAUUUCUAUUACUAGCUAAGAUUAAGUAUUUUUUACAAUAAAAUGGUAAAAGAAAAUAAAA